AUGCCGCUUAUUUUGGCUCCGUUAGCAGUACCAGAAGAUUACAUUUCAUCGUCAUUUGACGACAUUGCUGGGACAGAGAUAAAUGCGCCCAACGAAGAAAUGAAUGAAAAAAAUGGAAGGAAUAUAAAGGAAGAAAUGAAAAAUUCGAUGGAAUCGAUGCUGUCUCCACUGAUUACAUAUAUGCGACUGCUUGGCUUUACAAACACAACAAAUAAUGGCAGAUUAAAGAAACCUUUAUUAUUUUACAAUAUUUCGGAAACUGAUAAUGAUGGCAUUAGUGAUAACGAUAUGCAUGAGGGAAAAAGAAAUGAUGACGACAACAACAACAACAACGGAUGA